CAAUAAUUCCCUAUAUAUAGGCUUAGCUAGCCAGCCAUAAGUGCAUGCUUACAACUACUCUUGUGAUCAAGCUAGAGAGAAGAAAUUAAAGUCCGAAACAGAUAGAAACAAGAAAAGUAUUGAACCCUUGCGCGCGCGCACAAAUGGGAAGAGCUGCGGAUAGGGAUGAACACACAGCUCUUCUUCAUCGUCACUCCUCCAUUGCGCUGCUUCAGGAAAGGUUUAGACAGUUGGAAAGGGCAAAGGAGAUUCGGCAAGAGAGAGAGCUGUCGAGAUCAGGACUGCACCCAUCUUCAUAUUCCCACACCGAAUUCUUGUUUCCUCCUCCGCCGCCGCCGGCCAAGCCAUCAUCAUCUAAACUUUCCCUCUCCCUGUGGCCGGCAGACUCUUCGCCGACAGCGGAGGAGAUGCGGCGGAUAAACGAUGACGUAAACUUGACUCCUCCUUGGGUCAUGGCCAACCAUCUUUAUCACACUUAUUCUCCAGAUGUUGAUACUUCCCUUCACCUCUAGGCUCUAGCUAGCUAUCUUGUCUAGCUAAUUCAUUGUUGUGUUCAAAAGGAGAGAUCUAGCCGUACGUACGUUAUACAUGUAAUACUCCGUAUCUAUCUACCUACUUCGUCAGUUUGUCUAUUUCGAAAUUUAAAAAAAAUUCCACA